CUGGGCGCGGGCCAGUCUGACGGCGGCGGUCCCGGGAGGCGCCCGCGCACUGCCCGCCCGUCCGCGCUCCCGCCGGCGCCCGCCGCGGCCUUUGCGUGAUGGCGCUGCCCAGCGGCGUCCUGCGGCCGGCCUCGGCCGCGGCUCGUGCCCAGGAGCGCCGGUGCCCGGCCCCGCGCGCCCGCUGACCGGCCCCGCGCCCGCUGACCGGCCCCGCUGACCGGCCCCGCGUCUGCUGACCGGCCCCGCGUCUGCUGACCGGCCCCGCGCCCGCUGACCGGCCCCGCGCCCGCUGACCGGCCCUGCGCCUGCUGACCGGCUCCUCGCGGCCGAGGAAGCGUCGCCAGAACUUCAGAAAAAAGACAGAAGAAGGUUUGCGUCUGUGGCCGCAGCCCGACCGGCCGGCAGGAUGUCGGGCGCCUCGGUGAAGGUGGCCGUCCGCGUGCGGCCCUUCAACUCCCGCGAGACCAGCAAGGAGUCCAAGUGCAUCAUCCAGAUGCAGGGAAACUCCACCAGUAUUAUUAACCCAAAGAACCCAAAAGAGGCUCCGAAGUCCUUCAGCUUUGACUAUUCCUACUGGUCUCACACCUCGCCUGAAGACCCCUGCUUCGCCUCUCAGAACCGCGUGUACAAUGACAUCGGGAAGGAGAUGCUCCUGCACGCCUUCGAGGGCUACAACGUCUGUAUUUUUGCCUACGGGCAGACCGGUGCCGGGAAGUCUUACACCAUGAUGGGCAAGCAGGAGGAGAGCCAGGCGGGCAUCAUUCCGCAGCUGUGUGAGGAGCUCUUUGAGAAAAUCAACGACAACUGCAAUGAAGAGAUGUCGUACUCCGUGGAGGUGAGCUACAUGGAAAUCUACUGUGAGAGAGUGCGGGACCUACUGAACCCCAAGAACAAGGGCAACCUGCGCGUCCGCGAGCACCCGCUCCUCGGCCCCUACGUGGAGGACCUGUCGAAGCUCGCGGUCACCUCCUACACGGACAUCGCCGACCUCAUGGACGCCGGGAACAAAGCCAGGACGGUGGCAGCGACCAACAUGAACGAGACCAGUAGCCGUUCCCACGCGGUGUUCACCAUCGUCUUCACACAGAAGAAACUUGACACUGAGACCAACCUUUCUACCGAAAAGGUCAGCAAAAUCAGCUUGGUGGAUCUAGCUGGAAGUGAACGAGCGGAUUCAACAGGCGCCAAAGGAACGCGACUGAAGGAAGGAGCGAAUAUUAAUAAGUCUCUUACGACUCUGGGCAAAGUCAUCUCCGCCUUGGCAGAGGUGGAUAAUUGCACCAGCAAGAGCAAGAAGAAGAAGAAAACAGAUUUUAUUCCCUACAGAGAUUCUGUUCUGACCUGGCUCCUUCGAGAAAACCUGGGCGGCAACUCACGGACUGCAAUGGUCGCGGCCCUGAGCCCCGCAGACAUCAACUACGACGAGACCCUGAGCACGCUCAGGUAUGCGGACCGUGCGAAGCAGAUCAAGUGCAAUGCGGUCAUCAACGAGGACCCCAACGCCAAGCUCGUCCGGGAGCUGAAGGAGGAGGUGACGCGGCUCAAGGACCUUCUCCGUGCCCAGGGCCUUGGUGACAUAAUUGAUAUCGACCCACUGCUGGAUGAUUUCUCCGGAAGUGGAGGCAAAUAUCUGAAAGAUUUUCAGAACAAUAAGCAUAGAUACUUGCUAGCCUCUGAGAAUCAACGCCCUGGCAAUUUCUCCACAGCGUCCAUCGAGUCCCUCACUUCCUCCCCGUCCUCCUGCUCACUCAGCAGCCAGGUGGGCUUCCCGUCCGCCAGCAGCAUCCAGGAGCGGAUCAUGUCUACACCGGGGGGAGAGGAAGCCAUCGAACGCCUGAAGGAGUCCGAGAAGAUCAUUGCCGAGUUGAAUGAAACCUGGGAGGAGAAGCUGCGGAAAACAGAAGCCAUCAGGAUGGAGAGGGAGGCCCUGCUGGCCGAGAUGGGCGUGGCCAUUCGGGAAGACGGAGGGACACUGGGGGUCUUCUCGCCUAAGAAGACCCCGCAUCUCGUCAAUCUCAAUGAGGACCCGCUGAUGUCGGAGUGCCUGCUGUACUACAUCAAAGACGGCAUCACGAGGGUUGGCCAGGCGGACGCUGAACGGCGCCAGGACAUUGUGCUGAGUGGGGCCCACAUUAAAGAAGAGCAUUGUAUCUUCCGGAGCGAGCGAGGCGGCGGCGGGGACGUGAUCGUAACGCUCGAGCCCUGUGAGCGCUCCGAGACCUACGUCAAUGGCAAGCGGGUGGCCCAGCCCGUCCAGCUGCGCUCAGGAAACCGCAUCAUCAUGGGUAAAAACCACGUGUUCCGUUUCAACCACCCGGAGCAAGCGCGGGCUGAGCGGGAAAAGACCCCUUCUGCCGAGACCCCGUCCGAGCCCGUGGACUGGACCUUCGCCCAGCGCGAGCUCCUGGAGAAACAAGGGAUCGACAUGAAGCAGGAGAUGGAGAAAAGGCUGCAGGAGAUGGAGAUCCUCUACAAGAAGGAGAAGGAGGAAGCAGACCUUCUCCUGGAGCAGCAGAGACUGGACUACGAGAGCAAGCUGCAGGCCUUGCAGAAGCAGGUGGAGACCCGGUCCCUGGCUGCAGAGACCACUGAGGAGGAAGAAGAGGAGGAGGAAGUGCCGUGGACGCAGCACGAGUUCGAGCUGGCCCAGUGGGCCUUCCGGAAGUGGAAGGCGCAUCAGUUCACGUCUCUGCGGGACCUGCUCUGGGGCAACGCCGUCUGCCUGAAGGAGGCCAACGCCAUCAGCGUGGAGCUGAAGAAGAAGGUCCAGUUCCAGUUCGUGCUCCUCACGGACACGCUGUACUCCCCGCUGCCCCCCGAGCUGCUUCCCAGCGAGAUGGAGAAAGCCCGCGAGGAGAGGCCCUUCCCCCGCACGGUGGUGGCCGUGGAGGUCCAGGACCUGAAGAACGGAGCCACCCACUACUGGUCCCUGGAGAAGCUCAAGCAGAGGCUGGACCUGAUGCGGGAGAUGUAUGACCGGGCAGGAGAGAUGGCGUCCGGUGGCCAGGACGACAGCGAAGCCACUCUGACCGGCAGUGACCCGUUCUACGAUCGCUUCCACUGGUUCAAGCUCGUGGGCAGCUCCCCCAUCUUCCACGGCUGUGUGAACGAGCGCCUUGCCGACCGCACGCCCUCCCCCACUUUUUCCAUGGCCGAUUCCGACAUCACGGAGCUGGCCGACGAGCAGCAGGACGCCAUGGAGGAUUUUGACGAUGAGGCGUUCGUGGAUGACACCGGCUCUGACGUGGGCACGGAGGAGGGAUCGGACCUCUUCAGUGACGGGCACGACCCGUUCUACGACCGGUCCCCUUGGUUCAUUUUAGUGGGAAGGGCGUUCGUUUACCUGAGCAACCUGCUGUACCCCGUGCCCCUGAUCCACAGGGUGGCCGUGGUCAGCGAGAAGGGCGAGGUGCGGGGCUUCCUGCGCGUGGCUGUCCAGGCCAUUGCAGCGGACGAAGAGGCACCGGACUAUGGCUCUGGCAUCCGGCAGUCGGGGACGGCUAAGAUAUCUUUCGAUAACGAGUACUUCAAUCAGAGCGACUUCCCCUCCGUGGCAAUGACACGCUCGGGCCUGUCCCUGGAGGAGCUGCGCAUCGUGGAAGGGCAGGGCCAGAGCAACGACGUCCUCCUGCCUCCCGAGGAACUCGGCCGCGCGCACGACCCGGAUCUGAAGUCAGGAACUCUGCUGGACGGGAAGAUGGUGAUGGAGGGCUUCUCGGAGGAGGUGGGCCACCACCUGAAGCUGGGCAGUGCCUUCACCUUCCGCGUGACCGUGCUGCAGGCCAGCGGCAUCCUGCCCGAGUAUGCCGACAUCUUCUGCCAGUUCAACUUUUUGCACCGCCACGACGAAGCCUUCUCCACGGAGCCCCUGAAAAACAACGGCAGAGGAAGUCCCCUGGGCUUUUACCACGUGCAGAACAUUGCGGUGGAGGUCACCGAGUCGUUCGUGGAGUACAUCAAGACCAAGCCCAUCGUCUUCGAAGUCUUCGGCCACUACCAGCAGCCCCCGCCCCACCUGCAAGGCCAGGAGCUUAACAGCCCCCCGCAGCCAUGCCGACGGUUCUUCCCGCCGCCCAUGCCUCUCUCCAAGCCAGUUCCAGCCACCAAGCUGAACACCGUGAGCAAGACCAGCCUGGGCCAGAGCACGAGCAAGUAUGACCUCCUGGUGUGGUUCGAGAUCAGCGAGCUGGAGCCCACGGGAGAGUACAUCCCGGCCGUGGUCGACCACACGGCGGGCCUGCCGUGCCAGGGCACCUUCCUGCUGCACCAGGGCAUCCAGCGGAGGGUCACAGUGACCAUCCUGCACGAGAAGGGCAGCGAGCUGCUGAAGGACGUGCGGGAGCUGGUGGUGGGUGAGCGGAUCCGGAACAAGCCUGAGGUGGACGAGGCCGCGGUGGACGCCAUCCUGUCCCUCAACAUCAUCUCGGCCAAGUACCUGAAGUCCUCGCACAGCUCCAGCAGGACCUUCUACCGAUUCGAGGCAGUGUGGGACAGCUCCCUGCACAACUCGCUGCUCCUGAACCGGGUCACGCCCUACGGAGAGAAGAUCUACAUGACGCUGUCGGCCUACCUGGAGCUGGACCACUGCACCCAGCCGGCCGUCAUCACCAAGGACGCGUGCAUGGUGUUCUACUCCCGCGACGCCAAGAUCUCGCCGCCCCGCUCGCUGCGCGGCCUCUUCGGCAGCGGCUACUCCAAGUCCCCGGACUCCAACCGAGUCACUGGGAUUUAUGAACUCAGUUUAUGCAAAAUGGCAGACACAGGAAGUCCAGGCAUGCAGAGGAGACGCCGGAAGGUGCUGGACACGUCCGUGGCCUACGUGCGGGGAGAGGAGAACCUGGCGGGCUGGCGGCCGCGCGGGGACAGCCUCAUCCUGGAGCACCAGUGGGAGCUGGAGAAGCUGGAGCAGCUGCACGAGGUGGAGCGCACGCGCCACUUCCUGCUGCUGCGCGAGCGCCUGGGCGAGCGCGCGCCCGCCCGCGCCGAGCCGCUGAGCCCCAGCCUGAGCAGCGGGACCCUGAGCGCGUCCACCAGCAUCUCCUCCCAGAUCUCCUCGGCCACCUGCGAGAGCGCCGCCUCGCCCAGCGACAGCAGCGGCUACGACUCGGCCGACGUCGAGAGCCUGGUGGACCGCGAGAAGGAGCUGGCCACCAAGUGCCUGCAGCUCCUCACGCACUCGUUCAACCGGGAGCUCAGCCAGGUGCACGACAGCACCAGCGACUGUAAGCUGUCCGACAUCUCCCCGCUGGGCCGGGCCGCCUCUGUGUCCAGCCUCAGCAGCGCCACCCUGACGCCGUCCUCCACCUGCCCGUCUCUGCUGGACUCGCGCAGCAACUCUCUGGACCAGAAGACCCCCGAGGCCAGCUCCCGGGCCUCCAGCCCCGGCCCCGACUAUGAGCAGUUCCAGAUUGUCCCGGCCCUGGAAACACCGUUUUUGGCCAGAGCAGGAAAAAAUGAAUUCCUCAACCUCGUUCCGGAUAUUGAAGAAAUCAGACCAGGCUCCGUGGUCUCCAAGAAGGGCUACCUGAACUUCAGGGAGCCCCUGUCCAGCAGCUGGACCAAGCACUUUGUGGUGGUCCGCCGGCCCUACGUGCUCAUGUACAACAGCGACAAGGACCCGGUGGAGCGCGGCAUCAUCAACUUGUCCACGGCGCAGGUGGAGUUCAGCGAGGACCCGCAGGCCCCCACCAGGGCGCCCAACACCUUUGCCGUGUGCACGAAGCACCGAGGGGUCCUCCUGCAGGCGCUCAACGACAAAGACAUGAACGACUGGUUAUAUGCCUUCAACCCCCUCCUGGCCGGCACCAUCCGGUCCAAGCUGUCCCGCAGAUGCCCGAGCCAAGCCAAGUUCUGAGCGGCUGCGAGCGCCCCCGCCUUUGAGAUAUAAAGGAAGUGUCACCUCUCAUCUCUGUGGCUCUGUCGCGCCCCCCUGCUUCCCCCUCCUCCUCGCGCUCCACGCCCCCCCCCCCCCGCUCUGGACCUUCCCUCUGUGCUGAGACUUGUUAGUAGCAUGUGGCCUAACCAAAGGGGGGAGGGGCACAAGCCACCCGCCCACCCGGCCCCGAGCCCCCAGGGCGCCCGGCGGCUUCAGUUCUUGGUGAUUUUGGUCCCUUUCACCGCCGCCCAGUCCCCGCUGUGUCCACCUCUCAUGUACGUCCCUCCGUGUGCGGGUGACUUGGGACUUCGUGUCGCGCUUGGCUCCCUCCAGCUGCCAGUGAUGUGCCCGUGACUCAGAGACUGCGCGAGCUGCACCCCUGUCUGCCUUUGCAGUUAGUUUCCCUCGGGUGAAAAGUGGGUGGGUGACUUGGGGUCAGGAAUGGGGACAGAGAGAGUCUCAGAAACUCAGAGGCAGCGGCCUGGCCAGGGGCUGCCGGGAGGGGCAGAGGGCCUGGCUCUUCCUGGUGGGUUUGGUGGGAUGGGCGGGCCCCCUGGUACCCCGGGACCUGCCCCGGCAGGGAUGUUCUCCCUGGACAUGUCCUGCUGUUCACACUUGCGCCACACGGGGGCGCCGUCCACCUUCUGGAUCCCGGGUGGCGCCCGCUUUGCUCAAGUGUGAUUCUGGCCACGUUGGUGACCCCUCACAUGGGAAAUGCUUGACUGGCAGCCCCUUGUGGGUCCCAGAGCAGACCGGGGAGAGUCUCCCCAAAAUCCCUGUGGCUUGAACCUGUGGCCCAGGGCCUGUGCCGUGGGUCAGCCCCACCUGACCGAAACAUCGCCUGAGGACAGGGGGGCGCCGGCCGUGGCCCUCCCUGCUGACCCCGUGGAAGGUGCUAAAAGGUUCCGGAAAGGGGUCACGCAGUGGUCACGCAGGAAUGGCGGGGGUGGACGGGGUGGGGUUUUGAUAGACACGCAUGUCCCUGCCCCCGACAGACUCCCAGGGAAGCAGCUGCGUCCACUCUGCAGGACUGAGGGCCCGUGGCCUUGAGCCCGCUCUCAGGAGGGGACCCGCCAGGUGGCCCGGGGGUGGGGCCUCACCCUGUCUCGCCCCGCAGAGGGAAGGGGGCUGGGGAAUGCAGGAACCCCCAGGCCUGUGACCCCAGCAAGCAGUAGAAACACUCGGGAGGUUUCCGGAACGUUCUUUCCUCCUUAACCGUAGGAUGCUGGCUGUAGUGUUGCUUGUUUUCUAAGUGGUCUGUGAGAUUUUUAAUGUAGUUCAGGGUUUGCUCAUUGUCUAACGGACAAAAUAGGCCCUUGAGGUGUCCAGGUGGGCCCGGGCUCGGCGUGCUGGGGGCAGCUCCUGGGCCGGAACCACCCCUCACUGCAGGGGCGUGGGGAAGACGGAACUUGGUCCUCUGCAAAUGAAAUCCCGAUGCCGUCGAGGCGCCCGGCACGCGGCCUGGCUCUGGUGCGGGGAGGCUGCGGCGAGGAGACCGUGUGACGCGAGAUGGGCGGGUGCUGAGCUGCAGGCGCCAGUGCCACCGGCUCGGGAAGUCUCUGCUCUGGAGGCACCGAACAGGCCGGACUGGACAGCCACGACUGGCCGGCGAGGGGCCCCGAGGCUGUGUUGCCCACGGCCUGCCCCGCCAGGGCUGGCGCCACACCAGGCCUCAUCCCCUUUGCAGAGAGGAGGCGGGCGGCCUCAGACUGAACCCCCAGGAGGCCCGAGGCAGCUCCACGGCUGGGCCCGGGCGGGCAGGGAGUGUGGCCUGGAGGGAACGCCUCGAGAGCGCCUUUUCCCGCCUUUACUUUCCCUCCUUGGAGCAGCGGAAUGAAGGGAAGGAGAAAACCCUACCCGGAUUACAGAGAAGAGAGGCCGCCGUGUGAGCGAGAAUCCCCCUCCCCCAACCCCCCAGCCAGCUUCUCCGCCUCCCUUCCCUGCCUCCCCGAGAGUCAGCCAGCUCUCGACACUGCGGGGGGCCAGCCAGCCCCCACACGCUGGGUGCAGGGAAGGGCGAGCACCCCAUUCCCUUGCCCGGCUGAGAAAUCAACGUGGUCCACUUCCUCCCAACUGCCCAGGACUCGGCCCCUGUCUCGGCGGGGGGUAGAUUCUGUCUCGCGGCUGUGAGUUUCACGAAAGGGUCCAUCCAGUCCUGGCGGAAGGUCUCCGGGGUCUAAAGAGAAACCGGCUGCCUGGCCCCCGCCUCAAAGCAAAGACUGGCCUGCGCUCUCCGCUCUCCGUCUCCCUCACCCGGGGCUCGUCGGAGUGAGGGCCAGGCGGGAUGGCACUGGCCACGGCCCCAACCGCCCCACAGCGCCCGCCCGCCCCCGCCCCCACCCCCACCCCCCACCCCGUUGGGAUUAGAGCUGGUUCAUCUGUUGGACGACGUGGGUCUCCAGUGCUCCUUUUGACUCCCUUUGAAAAGAUGUGAUUAUUAAUCUGCUCCCUAACACGCAAAGACUAAUUCUGCUUCUACUAGGCUUGCGGGCGCCGCCCUCGCCCCGGCCAGCCCUUGGCUGCAGGCUGCAGGCACGCAGGGCCGGGCCGGUGCUGCGGUCCGCAGGGGAGUGCCAGCAGAGAGUGGGUCUGAGCCCCGGGAAAGCUCUGGAAAGGAGGUUCAAAGGCGGGAACGGUCAUUGGCACAGGUCCCUCGUGCAGAGACUCCCAGCCCGGAGGCCGCACACAGACGAAACGCUCCGCCAAGCGGUCUCCGGCCAGGGCCCGGCUGCUUGCUGCGGCCUCCGUGUCUGACUCCUGCGUCUCCACGAUGAACAUCCUGGCACCGUUUCUCCCGAGGAAUCCAUCGCCUUCUCGUGGGGGGCUGUCGAGGGCGUCUCUGAGACUGGCUCCCGGUCCCCGUCGGGCGCAACUCCCCGGCCCCCCUCCCGCCUUCCGGACCAGGCCUCAGCACCUGUGCCUCCCCGGGAGGGAGGGCGCGAGCGGCGGCAACAGUACACGGUUCAUUUCCAGUCUUCAUCUUCAUGUUUUAUUAUGUAAAUACUCUCUGACAGUUCGGAGCUCGAGUAUACAGAAUGUAAAUAGAGUUCUCUCGUAUUUGUACUAAUUCUGGUUCUUUUGCUGUAUAGCCCUCGAUGUGCAAUGCAGACUUACCUAACUGUGUGUAGCCUUGCAUCACGGAACUCGGUGGCCGAGGUCAAAUUAAUAAAGGUACAACCAGUGCAUCA